CGUGGAACACUGGAGCACACCAAGACGGUCAACGUAGCUUGAGAGACUCGAAUCUGCCGCACGCACCAUGGGUAAGAAGAAGGCCUUUAUCAACAAGAAGGAAGCUCAGCACUUCCACGUCGUGCAUCGCUCGCAGCGCGAUCCGCUCAUCAACGACCCGACCGCGUCCAAGUUUGUGCUGCUCUCGGCCACGCAAGCGCAAGAGUUCGAUGGCUCGCAGGCGCCGUACGACUCGGGCGACGACGACGACGAUGACAUGCCCGACCUCGUCGCUUCGGCGCCGACCAAGCAAGUGCGCUUCGGCAACGUCGUCGCCCAGGACCUUGUGAACGAGCUCGGUAUGGUCAACGAUGGCUACGACUACACCAAGCACAUGCGGGAGAUUGGCCACGGCCAGUUUUACUCGGCCGGUGGCACCUACGACGAAGGCGCGGGUCUCCUCUCCAAGCGCGUCGUCUUGCCUGACGACGUCCUUGCGUCCAACACGGUCGAAUCGGAGCGUAUGCUCGAGGCGAUCACACUCACGGAGGACGUCAUGGACGAAGAUCUGCGCGAAGCGCUGACCAACGAAGAUGCGUUCGAAGAGCUCAACGAUGACUUUAUGCUGCAGGCUGCCGAGGACAAUGGCGAGGACGAUGGCGCCGCCGAUGGUUUUGACUACGAGGCGCACAUUGCCAAGCUCAUGGCAGCCGCCGACGGGAUCCCCAAGUACCGCGGCAACCUCAGCGACGACGAAGACGACGACGAGUUGGAUUCGGACGACGAGGAAGAAUUUAGCGACGACGACGACGACGAUGCGUAUGGCGAGAGCAAGGAUGACGCGCAGCGGGCGCUUGAUGAGGCGUUUGAAAAGCUCAUGGAAGAGGAGUACGAUGACGAGGAGAUUGGCGAGCUUGACGAAGAGGAGACGCGUGGCGAGCUGCUUCUCGAAGGCGCGCUGCUCGAGUCGAUCGUCCAGGACUAUGUCCACCUGCAAGAAGAGGUUAUGCAGACCGAAGGCCGCAUCGGCAACCCGCUCCGCACCGGCAACCGCCUCCAAGAAGUGCUCGCCGAGUGCGCGGCGGAGGACGCCUUGUACGAGAGCGAAGAGGAGGCGGAGCCCGAGUUGGCCAACAUGGACGACAUUGCGCACACCAACCCGUACUUGGCGCCGCGGGUCGAGGAUCAGUGGGACUGCGAGACCAUUGUCAGCACGUACUCGAACCUGGACAACCACCCGACACUGCUGCGCGAGCCGCGCCGUGAGAACCCCAAGAAGAAGAAGAAGAACGCGAACCAUAUCAUCCUCUCGUCCAAGACGGGCAUGCCCCUCAACAUCACGCCCAUCUCGGAAGAGGCCGAGAGCCAACACGACGAUGCGGUGAGCUACGUGGGCUCGGUCGUGCCGCAGCUCGUGCGCAACCGCCAGGAAACCAAGGAAGAGAAGAAGGAGCGCAAGCUGGCCGCCAAGGCGCACAAGCAGGAGCGGCGAACCGACAAGAAAGAGACCAAGAACAUCUUCAAGGACGAGAAGAUUCGCCAGCUCAACCAGCACGGGCCCCGCGCCGGCAGUGUCUCGUUCUUCAAGUAUUAAACCACAACACGCUCUGUUUCAUAUCUA